AUGCCAUCUGACAUUAAGAAUGCUCCAGAUGCGGAGAUCUUCAACGCCUCCUCUGAAGGAGCAAUUGCACAGAAUGCUGGCACCCCAGCAAGUGGCUGGAAGAGUUUUGUCAGGCCAUUGGCAAAUUGCAUUGCCUGCGGCGAUGUAGAGUCUGAGAUCAGUUAUUUGAAAAAGAACCUCGUGUCUACCAAAUCUGUUCUGGAUGCGUGCGAACGGAGCCUCCGCGAGAGAGAGGUGUAUGCAAAGCUGGUUGAGACAAAGCUUGAACGGUCAACACAUGAGCUGAGCUCUGUGAAAGUCGAGUUGGAGACCGAAAGGAGGAGGACUUCCAGUCUGUCGUCCAUGUUGCUGUCCGAUUCAGUUAGCCAGCAGAAGCUGCAGGAGCAGGUGCAGGGCAGCGAGCAGCAGUUGAUUGAGAAGCAGGAAGAGCUUCAGAGCUUGUCCCGCAGCUUGCAGGACGAAAAUCUUGAGCGUCAGAAGCUGUCAGAGGCGCUGGAAGCAAAGACCACAGAAGCAGAGGCUUCCGCGGAGCAAUUGACAAAAGCGAUGCAGGAGCUGCAACGCCGCUCUCUGGAGCUUGAGGAUCUCAGGCGCAGCCUUGAGAGCUCGAAGGAGAAAUCCACGCUCUUGCACGGAGAGUUGCAGGAACACAGCCAGGAGAACACAAAUCUGAAGCAGCGACUCCAGCAGAGGGAAUUCGACUUGGAGAAGUGCGAAUCGCAGGUGCAAGAAGUCUCAAGUGAGCUCAGCCAGACAAGCCGCAAGCUGAAUGAGACGGAGAGUGAGCGCGAGAUGAUUGAGAGGAAGCUAGCUUCCUCAAGGGCACAGCUUGACCAAAACGAGGAAAGGUUAACCUUGCUCUCAGCCUCGCUUGAAGCUGCUCAGCGAGAAACAGCAUCGCGGUCCAAGCGGCUGGAGAUGACCUCCAUGGCGGCAGAGGAUUUCAUGGGCCAUUUGGCCAUCUCCAAAGCACGCGUUCGACACCUUGAGGAGCAAAGUCGUCUAAGUGCAGCCCUGCUUGAAAGCAAGCGCCAUGAGCAUCAAGAGUUGGUGAAGAAGGCAGAGGCACAGGCGGAGGCACAUGAAGAGAAGCUUGUCUCACUGGCAUCUUGCCUGGACCACGAGCAGUCUGAACGCGCAAGCUUGCGCGAGGAGCUACAGAACCGCGACCGUAGGAUUGAAGACCUGACUGCCAGCGCGAGCUCAACAAGUGCACAGGUGGAAUCUCUGCUGGAAGAGAAAGGCUCCCUGGCGAAGACGCUGAAGGCACGUGAAGAAGAGAACGAAGACCUGAGGUCGCAGAUCCUCACAGUGAACCAGCAGGUCACCGACUAUGAGCGUCAGGUCUCAGACUACGAAGGUCAGGUGAAGGAGCUGUCUGCAAAACUCUCAGAGACCCAGCUCGAGAACACACGGCUGGCUGAAGGCUUAGAGCAGAGGGCCAUGGAGGCGGAAGAAUUCAUGGGAAAAAUCAAAGAAGAGAGGAUGCAACUUACAGAGUUUGAGGACACAAUCCGCUCCGUGCGUGCAUCCUUGCAGACGAGCCUGACAGACAAGGAUGCCUUGACGAUUGAACUGGAGAGAACGUGCAUGGAGCGUGAAGACCUCACGCAGCAGCUCCUUCGUGCCCAAGAGAAGCUUGUGCAGCUGGAGGAAGAGGUCGGCAACGCUUUCUUGAAAGCAGCCGAGGAUUCCAAGCAAGUCCGGGAGACCUCUGCCCAGGAGAUAUGCCAGUGGCAGACCACUGCAGAGAUGGCCUACCAGCAAACAACAGAAAUAGCCCGCCAGCUGGACAACUGGCGCUCUCAAUACGGUAGCCUUCUGAAGGCGUUGCGGGACAAGCAAGCCGUCAUCGAGAGGCUGAACUCCGAGUUGGAUGAGGCAAAGAAGCGCUUAAGCGAGGUGGCCAUGGUCGAUGAUUCCGAAAUGGCAGCUUUGAAGGAGCAACUGAUGCAUGCAAAUGCCAGACUAAAUGCAUUGUCUGCUACAAUUGACCUCAAAGAUACGGAAAUGCAAGUGGUCUCUCGAGAGCUUGUGCGGAAGGGCAUGCAGGCAGAGGAUUAUCUGGGCCAGGUGAAGAACAUGAAGGAUCGUCUGGUGCGGUCAGAGAUUGACAUUAGCCGCUUCUCCUCAGAACUCACGGUCGCGAAGUUGGAGAAGGAUACUUUGGCGCAGCAACUGGAGCACAGCGGCAGCCAUGCCAAAGAGCUGUUUGGAGAAAUGCAAAGCAUGAAAACACAGCUUCAGACAUGCCGGCAGGAAACAUCGAUCCUUGAUAGAUGUCUCGAAGACAGGCAGCUUCAGAAUGAUAUGCUGACCCGGGAGAUCUCAACCAAGGAUUCUGAGAUCGAGGAUCUUCGCUGCCAGUUAACCUCCUUUCGUAUGCAGCGUCAAGAUAGCGAGAGGGAGGCCGCGGACUCUCUGGAGGUGCUGAGAUCGACUUUGCAAGAGCAGCUGCAUCAAAAUGAGCUGCUCUCCGCUGAGCUGACGAAGAAGCGUUUCGAAUGCCAGGCAGCCUCAGCCGAGAGCCAAAGUCUGCGUGAGGAGCUUUCGACGGCAUUGGAGUCCCAAAGCGAUGCAAGUGGACAGCUCGAGGGCCUACGAAACCUGGCAAAACAGCUCAAGGAAGAGCUGCUGACCUCGCAGCGUAAGCAGGCAGACAUGGGUGAAGACAUGGACAAGUUGGCUGAGUCGAAGGCUCGUCUCGAGGCAAAAGCAUCGAGACUGACGAAUAUCUGCAAAGAGCAAGCAAAGGAGAAGGAAGCAUUGUCCAACGAGCUUUCGCACAGCGUUGGAAGUGUGCAGCACUUGCAAAGCCAACUGGCAAAAUACCGGCAGCAGAUCAAGGAGAACCAAGCCAAAAUUGAUUCCUUGACACGAAGUCUGAAGCGGGAGGUGCAAAAGAAGGAUGAAGCUGCAGCACGUUGUGCUGAACUACUCUGCUCGCACCCUUCCAUGUGCAUUGAAGCCUGGAUCGGCAGGGUGCGCACCUUCCGUGAUACAGAUGGAUGGCAGUUGGUGGCCGGAAGUGGAUUCGACGAGCGCAUCAUUCUGAAAGGUGGUGACACAACGGGGCAAUUGCAGACCACAGCCGCUGGGGAGACCCCUUGCAUCAUCAUCAACGCUGCCAAGCAGCGCAGAGAAAAAGAACGCAAGGACGACGACAGAGUGCCAGUGCGAGUUUACAACGCGAAAAAGCCUGGGGCAGUGGCGGUGCGGAAAGGAAUGCCUCAGCAGCCUCAAGCGCAGCUAGAUCAAGUCUCCGUGUUCGACAGGGUGCAUCGCUUGUUCAAAAGGAACAUGCUGAUCUAUGACCAGAACUUUGGAAUCGUGCGGCCGUAUCCUGAUGCGGCUUCCACACGACACCUGGUUGAAAAGGAGCUGUCAGAUGAGUGGCGAGCUGCAGCCCUUCGAGUUGAUCUACGCUCCUCGAGGAGCGCUUUGAAGGAAGCUGAGGGCAGAGAAUCGGUAGAUGAGGCCCAGUGUGCCGUAGCCCAGGGCGAUCCGGGCUCUGAAUGGCAGUGCUGUGACCAACUUGCGCAACUGCUGUGCACAAGCCCGCAGGUGGUGCUUUCAUCACCUCCCGUCACCAUGAAGCAGGACCAGUACGACAUCUUGGUGGGCCAACGUGAUGGCCCUUUGGCCAUCAAAGCUCGCGAGGGCUGA